GGCAGAGUGUCCUUCGAAAUUCGUAUGAACGCGGGGCUUCAAUUCCAAGUGGAUGUGUGGUUCCUGCGUUUACCGGUAAUUAUUCAACUGUUGUAUGACUUUUUCUUCCCUCUCUUGAAUAAAAAUACAGUUCCGGGCCUGAUAUUGGUCAAAAUUGUUUUCGUCAAGAAGGACUUGUUCGGAAUAUUAAUUUUGUUCUGUCCAGUUCACCACCCAUCACAGCUUCGUAGACUAUUUUGCUCUUUUUUCAGACCUAUGAUAGCAUCUCAACAUAAAAGAACGACUUUCUUGCACUUGAAUAUUUUUUAUGGAUGUUCUUCGGACAGGUUGAGUCCAAGACGUUUUAAAUCUUUGUCCAUUUGUAUCCAAGUAAUUUAUGUCUACGUGUUUGUACUAAGUUGCGUUAGCAUAGUUUGUCUUCUGGCAUUAGGUAAAUACAGUAAACACUUAGCAUUUAACUCUACGCAUUUAUUGAUUUCAAUCUAUUUGUUGGUUUAGUGUAACAGCACUUAGUAUUAGGCUUUUGAAAUGCAUGUGGCUGGUAUGGGCCUGUCAUGCCUUCCAUGUAUAAUAAAUAAUGAAAUAUACUAAUUCCUUGUGAUGCUUCUUAUCUACUACAUUUGAUCUUAUUUAAUCCCUACGUUCUGAUUAAUAAUUAAGUAUGUACAUAAAUGAGAUGAUUACAGGUCAUGAAGCUUCACUGUUAUAAGUUACUAUAGAAACAAAAUAUGUAUGUGGCAUUUAAGCCGUAUGUUCUAGUUGACGAGACUAAUGUAUUGGCGGACGGAUAAUCGAUAGUAGGUCUUUGCCUUUUGCGCCAAACUCAUCCAAAUGGCUAGACAGUUUUUUUGGCAUUAUAGCUUAUGUCAGUUCGGAACGUCCAACCGUAAAUCCUCAUUUCUCACACUAGUUUAUAACCGUCAUUUGACCCUUAUUUAUUUAUUUGCUUUAUUCGAACACAUAUUGGUACGAAGGGGCACCGAAUACAUAAGCACCACACAAGUCACUUGGUUUGUGUGCGGGCUGUGACACUGCUCGGGUGCCCAGACCGAAGCAGAUGUUUCACUUAACGGGGCCUUCAACUGAAACGUCUAAUCCACAAGACAGUGGAGCAACGUUAGAAGAUGCAGUCUCAUAGUAACCAGUGACCAACAAUAGGUUCAUAAGCCAUUUGUUCCCUCAGGAUCCUGGAGCCCAUGCUCACCAUCAUUUCAGAAUGAGGAUUUUCCAACUCCCCUUGAUGAGUCCUCUAUAUUCACUAACCCGAGUAUUCGCUUUACGUUCUCUCAAUUUCGUAAACAACACUCCUGGAGCGAAGAAGCAGUGAGUAGGACUUGCGUGUCUGUGUCUAAAUACGCGUGGCUACAUGAGAUCAUUGUGGAGGGACAGUUAACUCCCUCACCCUCGACCGUAUCAGGGAAUUUUGGGGGCCAUUUAACCCUGUGGAGUCGGACAUUCUCAAGCUCACUUAAGAGUCGCUCGAAGGUCGAUAAAUUGUCACCGAAAACUCAGCUAUUAAUGAAGUCACUCCAUUUUCAUGUAUGGAGGCAACUAAGUAGACGAAUCAGUUCAUGGGCCACUAAAUAUAGCACGCCAUGUCACAUUUCUUGACAGACCAAAUCCUAGUGUUUUUACGUAAAAUAUUCGAUUGGUUGAUCAUUAUCCUUUGAUAAUUAAUCCACCUGACGGUUUCAUUACAUUUAAGUUAUCAGCAAAAGGUUAUCAAUUAUUCUCAUCUGUAUGUUGUCUUCCGUUGGAUCAUUAUGAGAAUUCCGCAUUACCUUUCCAAGCUUUGUAAAUUCGAUUGAUAUUUCGUCUCAACACCAGACUAACUUCAAUUGUGUGCAGGACAGCAUAUCCAUAAUAAACAUAGAUAACACAACUGUCCUAGUCGAUUUUAUCUCCUAAUUUGUUUUUUUGUGUGUUAAGUUCGUUUUUUAAUCAGAAUUAAACUGGUCCAUAAAUGACGAGCACAUCCGAACUCCCUAAUGAAUGUCCACCAAUCAUGAAUGAUGAAGAUAUUCUUAAUGAUUGUGGACCUGUGGAUAUCCCACCACCACCUCCGUUAGCACAGUCUUUAGAUGCUAAUGGCCCAAGAUUAAUGAUCACUCAAAUUGUUACGGAAAAUUUCAAAUCUUAUGGUGGUAUGCGAGUUAUGGGACCAUUCCAUAAGAAUUUUAGUUGUAUUAUCGGUAAGUGGAUUUGUUUUAUUAUUUCUGUAAUGAAAAACAUAACUUCAGGCCCUAAUGGAAGCGGUAAAAGUAAUGUAAUUGAUUCAAUGCUGUUCGUAUUUGGUUAUCGGGCAUCAAAAGUUCGUUCGAAGAAAAUAAGUCAACUUAUACACUAUAGUGAACUGGUACCUAAUGCUACUAGCUGUGAAGUGGCUGUACACUUUCAAAAAAUUAUUGAUCAUGGUCCUGGUGCUUCAGAUUAUGAAGUAAGUUAAUGUAUGUACUUAUGUAUCCCCUCAGUUAUUCAUACCUUUUUAUGAUCGCCCAUCGGAUCAUUGUGUUUAAAGCUGCUUCAUCUUCUUUAGACUGAACAUCUAGGUCGUGCCACUAAUCCUUAUAUGCCUUUGUACAAGGAACUGUAAUCUCCACAAAAUCGUUAAUUAAGCACUGUAGCAAUUGUUAGAACUAGAAGUUUACUACAACAAUAGGAUUAAGGUCUUGUACUUAUUAUUCAAAUCAAAAGUGUAUUUUCAAGUUACCACGACAUCUUAUAAUACAAAGUAGCAAUCAAAAUGUUGGUAUAAUAAACGGAUUCUUUGAAGACUAUACUUACGUGUGGUUGCUCAAACUCUGGCAAAUUAGUUAAGUUUCUGCAACAUCAAACUCUUUUGCUUUGUUUUAUGAAAUGAAAUGUUUUUCCUAGCCGCGUUCAGAUACCUAUCAGUUAGUCAUCUACAAUGUAGGACCAGGCACAUAUACAUCGGUCAAAGUUGCCACACUCCAAUAGCUCAAGAUGAACACCGAAUUCGUAGAUACAGUUACUUCAAUGGUAGUAAUAUAUAAAAGAAAUAUUGUAUAUAAGGAUAUAAUACAGGAAGAAUUAGUUCGCAGAAAGAAAGAUAUAGAGUAAUUUUAAUCUCACAGUUUAAGGGGAGACAAAUAGUGUAUACACCUACGCCAUUGUGAUGGAUUCAGAGCCAUAUCACCCACAGUCUCCAUCCACUGAUUACGAUAGUCACACGGACCCCAAUCAAGUAGUUUGCAUCUACCAACAUGGUUCGUACCAGAAGUUAAUGACUUCAAGGACUGAUGCCAUGUUUCAGUUUGGCCUCCCCUAACUUUCUCCUCUCCGUCUCCAACACUAGUCAGCAUUGCGCGUUGUGGUAAUCGGUGUUCAGGCAUACAUAACACAUGGUUCAACCAUCUCAGUCGGUGAAGAUUUACAAACUCAUCAACUGAUUUGCCAUAAUCAUCCCCUAAUAUACUGCAUCUAACCUCACUAUUACUUACCUGAUGAUCCCAGCAGAUGCGAGCAAUUUUUCUAAGACAUCUGUGAUCGAAUACUAGUAACUUACGAGUAUCCUUUACCUUUAAUGGUCACGUUUCGCAGCCGACCAAACUUUGGUUUUCUCUUCUUAAGUAUUUUGUAGUAAAAAGCAUUUUCUGUUUUCUAGAAGGGAAAUUAUGCUUAUAUAAAUAUAUAUAAGUAAUUACGUUCAGAGUACUUAUAUUAUCCUGUUUCAUGAAAAGAUAUUGCUUCUUGUGGUAGGUUGUUCCAAAUAGUCAGUUUGUUAUUUCACGACGAGCAUACAAAGAUAAUUCAAGUUGCUAUUUGAUUGAUGGUACUCGAGCUGUUUAUCGUGAUGUAGCUAAUCUUUUACGCUGUCAUGGCGUGGAUAUUGAUCAUAAUCGAUUCCUCAUAUUACAAGGCGAAGUGGAACAAAUUGCUUUGAUGAAACCUAAAGCACCAAGUGAACAUGAGGAUGGAUUUCUUGAAUACUUAGAGGAUAUCAUUGGUUCAUCAAGAUUUAAACAACCAUUAAAUAUAUUUAUAAAUCGUAUUGAAAAAUUGAAUGAUUUACGUUUGGAAAAACUUUCACGUGUUAAAGCAGUUGAAAAAGAAAAAGAUGAAUUAGAAAAUGUCCGUAAUGAAGCAAUAGAUUAUUUACGUUUAGUUAAUCAAUUAAUACAAAUGAAAAAUGUAUUAUAUCAACAAAAUUUAUAUAGAGAAUCUAAUCAAGUUAAAGUAGUUAAAGAGAAAUUAAUGAAUGCACAAAAAGAAACUGAGAAUUUAUCAAGUCAGGUACGUGAGAAAACUCAACAAAUUACACGAUUAGAAUCUGAUCGUGAUGAACUGACUCAACGUCAUGCUCAAUUACAAAUAAGACAACGUGAUGGAAAAGCAAAAUUUGCUGAAUUUGAAGCUCAGGAUGGACAAUUGCGUGAUGAACAUGCACAUACAAAAACUUCAGCACGUCGUUUAGCUAAAGCAAUUCAAGCAGAACGAACUAAGUUAGAAGAGCUAGAACGAUUACCUGGAGAAGCGGAUGCUCGUCGUGAAGAAAUCAAGAAACAAUUAGCAGAAUAUGAAGAAGCUAAAAAGAAACAUGAAGAAGUUUAUAAGGAAACAGCUGAUAAUCUGUCUAAAGAAUCUGCACCUUUACGAAUUCAAGUUGAAGAAAGUGAAUCCGCAUUGGCUCCUUUACAAACAGAAGCUGAUCAAAUUACAAGUAAACUAACAUUGGAACGUCAACAAUAUGAUCUAAUGAUGGCUGGUCAACGAAGAGAAUUAGAACGUAUGGAAACAGCAAAGAAAAGUAUGCAAUUAACUCAAAGUAAACUUAAAGAAAGAGAACAAGAAUUGGCUGAUGCAAAAAAACACUUAUCAUCUUCGGGAAGUGCAGGGAAUAAAGGCAAUUUAGAGAUGGCCUUAGCAUCAGCUACACGUGAUCUGGCCGAAGUGAAAACACAUGAAGCUGAUCUGACAAAAGAACUCAAUGAUUUACGUAGCAAAUUGACAGAGUCGAAAUCAGCUCUUCAGGCGGAUAAUUCAAGAAAUCGUAUGUUGAAUGCUUUACUUGAAGCAAAACGUUCUGGAACAUUGCCUGGAAUUCUUGGUAGACUUGGUGAUUUAGGUGCAAUUUCAUCACGUUAUGAUAUUGCAAUUUCAACAGCUUGUGGAGCUUUAGAUCAUAUUGUCACAGAUACCAUGGAUACAGCUCAGAAAGCGGUGAAUUUUCUAAAACAGAAUAAUCUUGGACAAACUACUUUUAUAGCUUUGGAUAAAAUGAAAAAGUGGGCAGAAAAAUCUUCAAUGCCAUUUAAUAUGCCUAAAGUAUCAUUUCAAGUAGAACGUUUAUAUGAUUUAAUUCAAACAAUUGAUACUAAUGUGAAACCAGCAUUUUAUUUUGCUUUAAGAGAUACAUUAGUAACAGAAAAUUUAAAUACAGCUACAAAAGUUGCUUUUGGUCAACAACAACGUUAUCGUGUUGUUACUCUUCAAGGACAAGUUAUUGAAGUAUCUGGUGCAAUGUCAGGUGGUGGUGGUCGUCCACUUUCAGGUAGAAUAAUGACAGAUAUUGUACAAGUGAAAAAACUUCAUGAAGCUAAUUAUGGUUGUGAAUCUAAACGCAAACGACUAUCAAGCGAUGGUUCCAAAGAAACAAACGAUCUAUCUGCAUUAGAACGUCAAUUAACUCAAGGUGAUGCUGAACUUGGUCGUUUACGAGAUACUCGAUCACGUUUGGAAGAAAUGAUUGUACGUAUGACUCGUCAACGUGAUGAAUCGGAGCGUACAGUGAAACGAUGUGAAAAUGAAUGUAUUCAUUUACGUGCUGAAUUAAAAGCAUUAACAGAUGAAGUUAAACAAGCUGAAGAACGUGUCAAAUCAACAGGACCAUCAAAUGUUGAACGUCAAAAAUUUGAAAAACAAUUAGAAAAACUUGAACAAUUAACACAACAAAAAUGUUCAAUUGCAACGAAAAAACGUGAAGAAUUAGAAAUUUUAAAAAAUAAAUUAUUAAAUUUUGGUUCAGAUCGAUUAGCCACUGUACGAAAUCGUCUUGAUGUGAUGGAAAAGAAGAUCAAAGACACCAAUGAUGAAUUAACUAAAUUAGAAGUUAGUUUAAAAACUGCUACACGUAAUCAACAAAAAUCUAUUGAAAAAUUAAAGAAUAUGGAAAUGGAAGCAGAAUUAUUAAAAACAAAAUUAAUUGAUAUUGAUAAUAAAUUAAAACAACUUGAAGAAGAUGCACGAGCAUGUAUGAUAGAUUAUCAAAAAAUUCAAGAUGAAGUUGAAGAAUUACAAAAACUUAAAGAAAAAUGUCAAACUGAAUUAACUGAAGCAGAAAAUACUUUAGCAACAAUACAAAAAGCUGAAAAUUCAUCUCGUCGUUUAAUUAGUCAAUUUGAAAGUGAAUUAACUCAAGCUACAACAAAUGCACGUCAUUGGGAACGUGAACUUAGAGGUCUUCGAUUACAUCGUAUUGACGAUGAUGAUGAAGAAGAAGAAGAAGAGGAGAAAGAAAAAGACGGAUCAGAGGUUGUAAUGGAAGAGGAAAAUGUAAAAGUAUCAUCUCAAGAUGUUUCCCAAUCAGUCGUUGGUGAUUUGAAUAAUGAAAAAUCACCAACAUUAAAACUGAAUGAACAACAACGAAUCAAUAGGAAAUCUAAUAAUAAAUCUAAGAACCUUCCGAAAUUCACAGACGAGGAAUUGCAAAAUCUUCAUGCUGAUCUAAAUGAAAUGAAACAUUUAGAAGAGCGUAUCACUACAAUGGCGCCAAAUAUGGCAUCUAUAGAAGAAUAUCGUCGUAAAGCAGAAAAUUAUUUAACACGUGUUAGUGAAUUAAAUCAUAUCACUAAUAUAUUAAGUGAACAACGUAAAUAUAUGGAAGAUGCUAAAUCAAAAAGAUUAAGUGAAUUCCUUGAUGGUUUUCAUGCUAUUACAAAUAAAUUAAAAGAAAUGUAUCAAAUGAUUACACAAGGCGGUGAUGCAGAACUAGAAUUAAUCGAUUCUCUUGAUCCAUUCUCUGAAGGUAUUGUUUUCAGUGUACGUCCACCUAAAAAAUCUUGGAAAAAUAUUGCUAAUUUAUCUGGAGGUGAAAAAACUUUAUCAAGUUUAGCCUUAGUUUUUGCAUUACAUCAUUAUAAACCAACUCCAUUAUAUGUUAUGGAUGAAAUUGAUGCAGCAUUAGAUUUUAAAAAUGUUUCAAUUGUUGGUAAUUAUUUAAAAGAACGUACAAAAAAUGCCCAAUUUAUAGUGAUCUCAUUAAGAAAUAAUAUGUUUGAAUUAUCAGAUCGUUUAAUUGGUAUAUAUAAAACAUAUAAUAUAACAAAAACUAUAACAUUAGAUCCAUUACCAUUAAUGGAACAUUUACGUAGUUUAGUGAUACGUGUUGCUACAGUGAAUGGUCAUGAAAAAGAGAUGAAAUCGUUAACAUUACCACCUCUAUCCUCACCACUACUACCACCACCACAGCAACAACUACAACCAAUGAUAAUGAAUUCACCAAUGAAAAUAAUGAAUUAUUCAAAUCAUGAAUCUGUUGUUUUAAAAUCAAAUAUGACAGAGAUUAUUCUUGUUAAUGAUGAAGAUAAUCAUGAUAAUAUACAAACAAAGUUAACAAUAAAUAAGGGAAUAGGAAAUCAGGAAAUAUUGUUUACAAAUCCGAAUAAUGAUAAUAACACUGAGUCUGCUAUGGAAUGUUGAAUAAUAUCUGGUGUAAUAUAGUAAGUGGGUUCUUGUUUGGAGGAGUGUAUUGUAAAACUUUAAUUGAGAUAUAAAACAUUAACCAUGAUGAUGACGAUAAUGUUAACAUUGUAUAUACUUUGUAUUGUCUAUAAGAUUUAUGUUUGUUUGUUCUUUUUCUUGCAUUUAUAUCUAUAUAGUACUUAUUAUUCAUAUGUGUAUAUAUAUACAUCUAUUUUUGUACAAAUAUGAUUUGUUUUCUGUAU